CUCACAAGAUGGCGGAGGCGGCCAAUUGUAUCAUGGAGGUCUCCUGCCCCCCCGGGGAGGGCAGCGCCAAACCCUCGGCCGAGGACAUGACCUCCAAGGAUUAUUACUUCGACUCCUACGCACACUUCGGGAUCCACGAGGAGAUGCUGAAGGACGAGGUUCGCACUCUCACCUACCGCAACUCCAUGUUCCACAACCGACACCUGUUCAAGGACAAGGUGGUGCUGGACGUGGGCAGCGGCACCGGCAUCCUCUGCAUGUUCGCUGCCAAGGCCGGCGCCAGGAGGGUCAUCGGGAUCGAGUGCUCGAGCAUUUCCGACUACGCCGUCAAGAUCGUCAAGGCCAACAAACUGGACCACG